GACUGCGGACACAGUACAGGAGAUGACCAGAGACUGCGGACACAGUACAGGAGAUGGACAGAGACUGCGGACACAGUACAGGAGAUGACCAGAGACUGCGGACACAGUACAAGAGAUGACCAGAGACUGCGGACACAGUACAGGAGAUGACCAGAGACUGCGGACACAGUACAGGAGAUGACCAGAGACUGCGGACACAGUACAGGGAUGACCAGAGACUGCGGACAUAGUACAGGAGAUGGAGCAGAGACUGCGGACACAGUACAGGAGAUGACCAGAGACUGAGGACACAGUACAGGGGAUGACCAGAGACUGCGGACACAGUACAGGAGAUGACCAGAG